AUGUUCCUCAACAAUACAUUGAAAGGGAUACGACGCAUUGCAGGAGCAUUCGAUAAUGAAGGAGUACAGGUGCACUUCAGAUUUGUACUAAAAAACGGAAAUGCGGCUGCCGGUGCCCGAGAUCUUGCAAGAACGCCGUUGUCCCAUGCAUUCUGGCGGGAAGCAGCUAACUUACGGACUCAUGAUCAGCUCCUAUGUACAUAUGCACUUGCCAUAGACAAUGCGUUAGAGCAUGAUCGGACUGCUUAUAAUCGCGAUAGGAAAAAAAACUAG